AUGUUUCUGACAAGAAGUGAAUAUGAUCGAGGUGUCAACACUUUUUCUCCUGAAGGGCGUCUUUUUCAAGUGGAAUAUGCAAUUGAGGCAGUGAAGUUAGGUUCAACAAGUAUUGGUAUUCGAACAAAUGAAGGAGUUAUUUUAGCGGCAGAGAAACGUGCAACUUCGAAGUUGAUGGUAAAUGAUGCCAUUGAAAAAAUUUCCAAAGUUGAUUCGCAUGUUGCUGUAACAUUUGCUGGUCUCAUCGCGGAUUCAAGAACUUUAGUAGAACGAGCACAAGUUGAAGCCCAGAACUUCUGGUUCACAUAUAACAGAAAAAUACGCGUGGAAGAUGUGACCAUGUCAGUUGCAAAUUUAGCAUUGCAAUUUGGUGACGAUGACGUCAAGGCAUCUAUGUCAAGACCAUUCGGUGUUGCUAUGCUGUUUGCUGGUAUAGAUCAAGAUGGUCCAAAACUCUUCCACUUAGAUCCUUCGGGCACUUUUAUCGAUUGCUUAGCGAAAUCAAUUGGAGCAGCCUCAGAUGGAGCGGAGCAGAGUUUAAAAGAACAGUAUCAUGAAUUACAGUCGAUGACGCUGUUAGAAGCAGAAAAAAUUGCUUUGGCGAUUUUGAAACAAAUAAUGGAAGAAAAGCUCACAAGUUCUAAUGUUGAAAUAGUUGCAGUUGUGCCAGUCAAAGAUAGCAAAGGCCGUCUGACUGGAAAAUUCGAACGGUUGACUAAAGAGCGGUUGGAUGUAUUAGUUUCGGAGUUAUGA